AUGUUGGGGCUGAAAUGGAAAAGGCGCAAACAAGUUUAUUUCGGCAUAGAAAUGCUGGAGCACGCCUGUGUCCCGUCGCUGCUGCUGCGCCCCCACAUCCAUCGAGGGUACCGUCCCCUGCAUCAGCCCCACAUCUACUACUGGAGCAGCAUCUUUGGCAUUAACGUGUGGACACAUCUGGUGCCGUUCAUCAUCAUCGUCUGCGGCUAUCUGCUGCCCGAAUGGAGAUGUACAGAGCCCAGUUCAACCCUGAUCCUGUUGUACAUCGGGGUGGCGGCGCUGCUCGGCUGCAGCACCCUCGCCCAUUUAAUGCACUCCCGUUCGCACGUGGAGCACUUCUUCUGGUGGACCGUCGACUUUUCCGGCAUCGCCAUUUGGAUGGUAGUGACGGGGAUGGUGGCGUGGAUGGUGGCCGACGAUAAGGGGCGCCCUUUUGAUGUGAUGUACCCGUUGAUUCUGGUGUUGCUGGCCGGCAUCCAGUUCUUCUCCACCGCCUACCUCUUCAUCGCCUAUCCCGAAUGGCCGGCAAGACAUCUGAUCCGUAUGCUCACCUGCACGUCGGUGGCCAUCUGGGUGAACGCGCCGAUCGCCUACGGCUUAUUGCGAGCCCUUUUCACGUGGGAGUUCACCACCUCGCAGUUGCUCCACUGGCGCUCCAUCGCCUGGCUGGCCGCUUCCGGCGUUUUUAUGGGCGGUAACGUGCCGGAGCGAUGGUUCCCCGGGCGAUUCGAUCUACUCGGCUAUGGGCAUCAGUUCUUCCACCUUUGCAUCAACAUGGUCAACUGGAAUCUGAUCGAGGCGACCAAGGUCGAUUUGGAGACGCGACACGGCGUCCCGUCACAGCAACGCGUCGAGGCCAUGAAAUGGGUGAUGGUCGUCUGGCUGGCCAUCGUCGUCGGCGUCAACAUCUACCUGCUCAAGUUGACCCACACACUUCACGCUCAUCGCGACAAGCAGGAAAAGGAG